AUGUCGAAGGAAACAAUCAUAGCCGUAAACCCUACUCUCAUCAACACUGCCGAUCUUGAACAUGAAGUCCGAGUCAUUCCAGGCCUGUUGACAGAGGUCCUUGCAGACUUUUACACGGUGCUGAUUCUGCAGGUCCAUGACGGUGGGACGAAGAAGCUUCGCAGCACCAUCCGACGGAGUACAGAGACCGGCAUCGCCGUGGAGAUGAGGAACCGAGUGACACGGCAGGGCAGCAAGGACUCGACUGAUGGCAGCACCAACUCAAAUAGCUCCGAUGGAACGUUUGUCUUCCCUACCACACGCCUGGGGCCUGAGAGCCAGUUCAGUGACUUCCUGGAUGGACUAGGCCCUGCUCAGAUCGUAGGCCGGCAAACACUAGCUACACCCCCAAUGGGGGAUGUCCAUGUAGGCAUGGUCGACAGAGGGGGGCAGCUGGAGGUCGAGGUCAACCAGGCCAGAGGGUUGAUCCCCAAACCAGGCUCCAAGAACAUACCAGCGACCUAUGUGAAGGUGUAUGUCCUGGAGAACGGAGUGUGCUUGGCCAAGAAGAAAACCAAAGUCGUAAAGAAGAAUCUGGACCCCACCUACCAGCAGGCUCUGUUGUUUGAUGAGAGUCCUCAGGGGAAAGUCCUACAGGUAAUAGUGUGGGGAGAUUAUGGACGAAUGGACCACAAGUGCUUCAUGGGAAUGGCCCAGAUCCUUCUGGAGGACUUGGACCUGUCUGCCACAGUCAGCGGCUGGUACAAGCUGUUCCCUACCUCCUCUCUGGCAGACCCCAGCAUCGGACCCCUUACCAGACGCCUCUCCCAGUCCUCCCUGGAGAGCGCCACCAGCCCCUCGUGCACCUAGACACCCA